AUGACGCGCUCCUGGACUUCCACGCUCAAGCUCCCUCGCUCGACGUUUCCCGCACGAGUCCCCGUCGCAGACCAGACGAAGUAUUUGCGACGAUGUUCUGACGAGCUGUACGCCUGGCAGCGCGAAAACCGACCUGCUAGCGACACUUUCGUACUACACGAUGGCCCGCCGUACGCAAAUGGCGAAUUACACGUGGGUCAUGCCCUCAACAAAAUCCUGAAAGACAUCAUCAACCGGACACAAUUAAGUCGAGGAAAGCGGAUACACUACGUUCCGGGAUGGGAUUGCCAUGGUUUGCCAAUUGAGUUGAAGGCGCUUCAAGCUCAACAGAAAGAUGGAAAUGAUUUCAGUAAAGGUCUGGGAACCGCAGCGACGAUUCGCAAAGCUGCACGGAAACUGGCGGAGAAGACGGUUAAGGAACAAAUGCGUGGGUUUCAGGCGUGGGGUGUGAUGGCAGAUUGGGAAGGACACUACAAGACAUUAGACAAGAGAUUUGAAAUGAAACAAUUGGGUAUCUUCAGAGAGAUGGUCGAGAAAGGCCUGAUUUAUCGACGAUUCAAGCCUGUUUACUGGUCUCCGUCCACGGGGACGGCAUUGGCCGAGGCUGAAUUGGAGUACAACGAGAAACACGUCUCGACUGCUGCGCUUGUCAAAUUUCCGCUGGUCAAGGUGCCAGAUCAGAUUAGGAAUAAUCCAUUGAUUGAUACCGAAUCAUUAAGUGCUGUCAUUUGGACUACAACGCCAUGGACGCUCCCCGCCAAUGCAGCGAUUGCCGUGAGCGAAUCACUAAACUAUUUGAUCGUUCAAUCAAGCAGCCAUGGACAACUACUUAUAGCGGAUUCCAGAUUGAGCUACUUUCAAGACAUGUUAAAAGAAGAACUUCAAGUCCUGGUUCCUUCCAUUCAAGGAUCCGAGCUGUGCCAGGGAACAACUUAUAGGCCACUGUUUCCCAGAGAAGGAACCGAAGAACAGCCUAUCAUCGCUGCUGAUUUUGUGACUGCCGAUUCCGGAUCCGGCUUGGUCCAUUGCGCGCCGGGCCAUGGUAUGGAUGAUUAUGAAGUAUGCCUUGCACAGGGCAUCCAGGCUUUUGCUCCUGUCAACGAUGAGGGCUGUUUUACGGACGAAGCUAUGCCCGAUGAUCCGUCCUAUCUGUCAGGUAAAAGCGUGCUAGACGAGGGAAAUGGGUUGGUCUUGCAAUAUGUGCAAUCUAAAAAUCAGCUUCUCAAUCGACACAAAUACGAGCACAAGUAUCCAUACGACUGGCGGUCGAAAAAGCCCAUCAUCAUCCGUGCUACUGAACAAUGGUUCGCUGAUGUAGCCAACAUUCGAGAAUCCGCUUUGGCAUCGCUAGAGGAAGUGAAUUUCGUUCCAGCAACGGGUAGACAACGGUUAAAGAACUUUGUGCAGAAUCGUACCGAGUGGUGUAUCUCACGGCAACGCGCUUGGGGUGUCCCUAUUCCAGCCUUGUAUGACAAGACCACGGGUCAAGCAGUGUUGACGAAGGAAACAGUGUCUCAUAUCAUGAAUGUCAUUGACGAACGUGGCAUUGAUGCUUGGUGGACGGACAGUCCUGAAGAUCCCGCAUGGAUACCUCAGCAUCUUCAGCAGGAGAAUUCUCCUGGCUAUCGUCGUGGUACAGACACGAUGGAUGUCUGGUUUGACAGCGGGACCAGUUGGACUCAAGUAGCAGACGAAUCGCUUGGAAAGGAACGCCCUGCUGAUAUCUACCUCGAAGGGACUGAUCAGCAUCGCGGCUGGUUCCAGUCCAGCCUUCUUACAUAUGUUUCACAUCAGGUCGUUUCAGGGAAAGUCGAACCGUCAACUAUCAAAGCACCGUUCAAGCAUCUCAUCACCCACGGCUUUACUCUCGAUCAAGAUGCUCGCAAGAUGAGCAAAUCCAUUGGGAAUGUCAUGAAACCGGACGCUAUCAUGAACGGCACGCUUCUUCCCCCUCUCAAGCAGAAAAAGUCAAAGGGCGCCAAAGAACAGAAGCCUUCCAGCCCGGUGUACGAUGCCCUUGGGCCUGAUGCACUCCGCUUAUGGGUCGCCAGCAGUGACUACACUCGAGACGUUGUCAUUGGACAGCAGGUGUUGCAGACCGUCAAUACAAGUUUGCACAAAUAUCGCGUCACUUUCAAACUGCUCCUCGGUGCUCUGGGCGACUUUGAUCCUAAAGUGAAUAUACUUCAAUAUGAAGAACUUCACAAAAUCGAUCGCCAGGCACUGAUGCAAUUGACUCGAUUGGUGGACACCUGCCGAAACGCUUUUGAUAAUUUUGAAUUCUACAAGGCUGUCAACGCUUUGAAUCGUUGGACCAACCUGGAGUUCUCGGCAUUUUAUAUGGAAACUCUCAAGGACAGAUUAUACACUGAGGCCGAAGACAGCGCCAGCCGUCGCGCAGCACAGACCACAUUGUUCCACAUCUACACUUAUUUGCAAGAACUGUUGGCUCCUAUCACACCUUUACUUGUAGAAGAGUCUUGGGAACAUACUCCAGAGCUUGUCAAGGAUCAGCUUGAGCAUCCUCUGCGACGGAUUGCUCGCACAGUGCCAGCUGAGUGGGUUGACGAAGCGAUCAGUAACGACUUUAUCGACCUUAUGGCGGCCAAUACAGCUGUCAAAGUUAUCCAAGAAUCGGCCCGGUCGAAGAAACAAAUGGGCUCUUCCUUGCAGUCAUUUGUGCAUUUCGAACUCCCCGACAAUGCAUCUCUCGAUAUCUUCCAACGCUACCUAAAUGAACUCCCGGAUCUGUUCGUUGUAUCCUCGGUGUCUCUCAGUGUCAAGGGAUCGGAUCUUCCGAAUGAAAUCGCAAGUGCUGAAUGGAGCUACGCAGAGGAGUUUGCACUGCCCAAUUCAGGGAAGAAGGCAACGGCGCAUGUGUACGCACCGAAUCAGGCCAAAUGCCCGCGUUGCUGGCGAUACGUUGCCCCAGAGCCAGUGGCAGAGGAGGCUCUUCUGUGCGAGCGAUGUGACAACGUCAUCGGCCAGCUGGAGCACAACUAA